ACAAACAGCUCUAUUAUAGCAUUUUAUAAUUCGAACGAAAUCCCGCCAAAACUGAGCUACCCAUUGCACACAUAGGACUGUGUUCGAAAACAUCACCCGUGUGCAAACGAGCGUCGUUCUAUCUUUAUUAUUUACUAAAAGUUGAACAAAGAUAGAACGAUGCUCGUGUGUACACCGGUGAUGUUUCCGAACGUACCAUACGUGACAUUACUGUCGUGUAAACGUCAUUAUUACGUCAUCUACAUCACGUAUGCGCGAAAAAAGGAGCCCGUCCAACAACUGUUUACAACACUGUGAUCGGUACUAAUAAGUAAUAUUUAAAUUUUUGAUCGAGGAAAAAAGAGAAAAUGCGAAAAUGAACGAGAACUUGCUGAAACGGAUAAAAAACCAGCUGAAUGCAAAGUUUUAUAUGAUGAACGAUGCGUGGCUCCGAGAUUGCAUCAAAUACUUUGUCAAGGACAAAACUCUUCGUGAAAUGACAGACAGGCACAUUCUGGAAUUUGUUGAAGGCCAAUGGCAACUAAGUGAUUUGCGGGAAGUCAACAAUGAAAAUGGUUGUUUGCCGAGGAACUUGAUACAACAGGUGCAUACUGUAUUGACUGGUACCUACAUACUUCAGGUGAACAAGAUGUAUGAUAUAGCGAAUUCUAAAUAUAAGCAACUUUGUGAAAUUCGUAAAAUCAAUAGUGAGAACUUGAUAGUAGCAGAAGAAGAGAGACAAGCUGAAUGGGAACCGAAAGCUAGAAGAAUGAUACAAUUGUGUCUCACUGAUGGAGUGCAGGAUAUUACUGCAAUAGAGUACAAACCGCUUAAACAAAUGACUAAUAUGUUGCUUCCUGGAUACAAAGUGAUGAUAACUGGUCCAGUCAGUUGUAGACGCGGAGUUAUUCUCUUGGAAGAUGGAAAAUACAAGGAAAUUGGAGGGGAAGUGGAAUCUCUAUUGCAGUCCAAUGCGUUGGAGAAUGUCUUGGCUAGAGCUCUUGGAGAACCAGAAAAUCCUGACCCGUAUAAUGACAAUGGGCUACUUAGAACUGUGAAUCAGAAUGUUCAAAAUGACAAUCUUAAUAGCAAUGACACUUUAUUAUUUGAUGAUGACUUUGAGGAGAUAGUCGAUUUGGAAGCAGUAACAGCGAUUGAACGGCAAAAUCAGGAAGCUGAAACUAUUCAAAAUUGUAUCGGAAGUAAUGAAAACCAAACCAGAGAAAUUAAUGAAAUUACGGAAGACUUUUUAGAAGACAUAGAUUUUGAUCCCUUAGAGAAUUGGCCCAAUGAUUCCCCCAUGAGACCUGUACAUCCUACAUCGCGAGUGGAAAUUGAAAAAUUUGGUGAGAAGGAUGAUAUAAUGAUAGUCGAAGAAACAUCAAUCUCAGCACACGAUUCUCGCAACAAGCAGCCGCCUUCUACAAGUUCCUUUAGGAAUGAAUAUGCUUCAGAAUUUCUCGACAAUGAUUUCGAUUUCGAUGAUUGCGAGAUCAUGGUUCGCACAGAAAAAUCACGAAGUCAACAAGAUGAAAACCUGUCAAAAAAUGAAACCAAAGCAUAUUCCUCGCCAUUAAUGCCUAAAUCGAAAUUGACAAAUCAUAAUACAUUAAAGAAAGUUAAAACGAAUAUUUCUAUUGCAGGCCUGACAAAACAAAACGAAAAAUCUGUGGCGAGCGUUCCCAGCACAGCCCAGCCAACUAAGAACACAGAAACAAUCAAUGUCCUAAGCGACAUAUUAUCCGAGCCUAUCAUAGGAAGAGUACGAAAAAUAGUGAGAGCUAAAGUCAAGAAUCAUUCGGCGUUAAAAAAACAGGGUAAAUACUGGGCAGUAACUGCACUGAUUGCGGAUCACACUUCUAGUAUAGAAGUCUGCUUCGAUUCUGAAAUCCUGGAGAAAUAUAUCGGAUUCUCUGUGCAGGAAUUUUCGCAAAAGAAAAAGCUUGCUAAAUUAGAUUCUCAAGUGAAUAACGAAUUAAGACUGAAUUUGCGCAAGGCGCAACGUCAAAUUGAAAAUCUGAAUGCAUUAUUAGAACUGGAAUUGGCUCAGGAUAAAGUUCCCAAAAUUGUUAAUAUUAUGUAGUUACUUUGCAACAAAUGGAAAACCUUAUGAAAAUGUCAGAAUAAUUAAGUGAAAUGUAUGAAUUGCCAGAGAAGUUUGAUAGGCAAACUUAUAACAUUGCAAACUUUAAAAAGAUUCGCUAUUUUGUGUAAGUACAGAAUAGUACAAAAACUAUAUUUUUAAGUUACUGUAACAAAAGUAUUGUAUAUAUUUUAAGAAUUUAAAGAUAUAGAAUCUUUUUUUACAAUUUAUAAUAAAUGCCAUUCUUAAUAAACAAAA